UACGGCUCAGGAAUGAUUCGACCUCAACCACCAAUGGAGUACAUCUGUGCCGAAUGUGCUUCCAUUAACGAAAUCAAACCUCGUGAGCCAAUCAGAUGUCGUGAAUGCGGACAUCGUAUCAUGUACAAGAAGAGAACCAACAGAAUGGUGAGUUUGGAA